CUCUGGUGUCCGUGGGUCUGAACUGUAACCAAGGAGGCUGGCACUUCAUCAGACUAGCAGUCUUUAUCCCAAAUAUUCACACUGAAUUUUCCUCUUAUUUUUGUUGCAUUUGGUUUUCUAACUUUUUAUGUUUUUAGGUAAAUAUGGUGAAAACUAAUUUGCACCAUACCGAAGAACCUCAAAACAGCUGGAAUUAGACUGUUCACAUUGUAAGGAGCUUAUCACUUGUUCUUUGGCAAAGUGUCAUUUACCUUCUGAAAGCGGUGCAUCUCUCCAUGCUGAAGGAGAAAGUCCCCAUUAGCCUGAUGUCGUCAGUUGUAGCCCCAGAAAAAAGCCCAUCUAAUGCAAUGGGUCCCAAAGAGGUGGAGCUGGUCCUUGUGAAGGAGCAGAAUGGGGUCCAGUUCACCUCCACCACCCUUGUGGCUCCAUCCUCAACUCAGACCAGCCCCAGUGGUGAGGCUGAAAGAGAGACCUGGGGGAAGAAAAUUGACUUCCUGCUGUCCGUGAUCGGAUUUGCGGUGGACCUCGCCAAUGUCUGGAGGUUCCCUCACCUGUGCUACAAAAAUGGAGGAGGUGCAUUCUUGGUGCCGUACCUGUUCUUCAUGGUGAUAGCAGGCAUGCCUCUCUUUUACAUGGAGCUGGCUUUGGGACAGUACAACAGAGAAGGGGCAGCAGGGGUCUGGAAAAUAUGUCCCAUAUUCAAAGGUGUCGGAUUUACAGUGAUCCUCAUUUCUCUCUAUGUUGGCUUCUACUACAACGUCAUCAUCUCCUGGGCUCUCUUCUACCUCUUCUCCUCAUUCACUGGCGAGCUCCCGUGGGUGCAUUGUAACAACACAUGGAACAGUCCAAACUGCUCUGACUGGACUGACAACAGCACCAUCAGUGACAUUUACAAGGCCACUCCGGCUCAAGAGUACUUUGAGCGAGGGGUGCUCCACAUUCAAGACAGCAAUGGUAUUGACAACCUAGGUCGUCCACGCUGGCAGCUAACUUCCUGUCUGGCUGUGGUCAUUGUUCUGCUUUACUUCAGUCUGUGGAAGGGAGUCAAGACUUCUGGCAAGGUUGUGUGGAUCACAGCCACUAUGCCCUAUGUGGUCUUGACUGUGCUGCUGCUCCGAGGAGUCACCCUGCCGGGAGCCAUAGAUGGCAUUAAGGCCUACCUGUCUGUAGACUUCCUGAAACUCUGUGAUGCCAAGGUUUGGAUCGAUGCCGCCACGCAGAUCUGUUUCUCGCUAGGAGUUGGGUUUGGUGUGCUAAUCGCCUUUUCCAGCUACAACAAAUUCAGCAACAACUGUUACAGGGAUGCCAUCAUCACCACCUCCAUCAACUCUUUAACCAGCUUCUUCUCUGGCUUCGUGGUCUUCUCCUUCCUUGGCUAUAUGUCCUACAAGCACAACGUCCCCCUGGACAAGGUUGUAAGGGAUGGGGCUGGCUUGGUCUUUGUUAUUUACCCAGAAGCCAUUGCAACACUGCCUGGGUCAUCGGUGUGGGCAGUAAUCUUCUUCAUCAUGCUGCUGACACUGGGCAUUGACAGUGCUAUGGGUGGGAUGGAGUCUGUCAUCACGGGGCUGAUUGAUGAGUUCAAAUUCCUUCACAAGCACAGAGAACUGUUUACCCUCUUCAUUGUGGUCGUCACCUUCCUCAUCUCACUCUUUUGUGUUACAAAUGGCGGGAUGUACGUGUUUACUCUGUUGGACCACUUUGCAGCUGGGACAUCGAUUCUCUUUGGAGUGCUUAUUGAAGCCAUCGGGAUUGCGUGGUUUUACGGAGUGGACCGUUUCAGUGACGACAUCGAGGAGAUGAUUGGUCAAAGGCCAGGGAGGUACUGGAGGUUGUGCUGGAAGUUUGUAAGCCCCUGCUUCCUCCUGUUUAUGGUGGUAGUCAGCUUUGCGACAUUCAACCCUCCCAGCUAUGGCUCCUACACCUUCCCUCCCUGGGCCAACGUGCUGGGAUGGGGUCUGGCCAUUUCAUCGAUGUCCAUGGUGCCACUUUACGCCUUCUAUAAACUUUGUACUCUGCCCGGAAAGUUUUGUGAUAGACUGGCUUAUGCCAUCACCCCAGAGACAGAACACCAUUUGGUUGACAAUGGGGAGGUCCGUCAGUUCACACUUCAUCACUGGCUGGUUGUCUGAAUGCUGAACUAAGUAAAACAGGAAGUGGACAUCUGUAUGAAGGGUAGGAGUGUGUUUGAAUGCUUGCACAGCAAAGGUCUGAAGAAGUACAAAGAAGCUGUGAGAAAGUUGUGAGAAAAUGUAGUGUGAUUUUAAUUUCUACGGUGUGAAGCUGUGAGUAAACCCACUUUGGUUUGACAGCAGCGAACUGGCAAAUGGUACUGUGGUAUUUCAACCUGCAACUUCUCUAAAUACAAAAGUUCUCUUCAAGAAGACACGGUGUAACUUACUAGUAUGUUGGUCAUCUUGAUUUUGCACUUGUAAUAAUUUAAUUUAUGUUAUCUAAUUACUAAAACCCAUUAAAGGGGGAACAGCUGACAAUGCAUUGACACACUAGAUUACAUUUGACAUGACAGGAUGUAUGGUACCAUGUACAAUAAAAGCGUAUAUUUGUAUAUGCAUAAAAAGCUUUUAUUGGGGGAAAAACAUUGAUUUGUGAUGAGAAUGAUUUGUUUUGAUUAAUGAUUUAAGUUAAGGAAGGAUGUUUUGAAGUCUUUUUUUUUUUUGAAGUCUAAAAUGUAUUUGCACCGUGUUGUAUGGAGUCAGAUCUUGUCAAAUGUUCAGCAAUCAGUCUUGUAAUGACAUACUUUUAACAAUGCCAAUAUGUAUUCCGUUAAUGUAAAUAUCUUCUUUAAAUGACUGUUAAGACACAUGCAUUUCCUGCAAAUGCCACAACGUCAAAAAUUUACCUUUGUUUACAUGUGAAGUAUUUACAGGAAAGCUAUUAUAUAAGUUAUAUAGAUAAGCUAAACAGUGAUAUUUGGUCAAGUUUUACUCUAAAAGAGCUGGUUUGAUUAAUGACAAAAAAAACCAUAGUCAUCAAUAUGAAAGUGUCGAGGGAGGACUACAUUAAAAGAAAAAGAAAAACAAACUAUAAAGCUGAAAUUACUAGAAUAAAGUAACACUAUUAUUAAAAUAUAGUAAUUUUCUGAAAGAGUACUGUAGUCCAAAUAUUAACAGAAUAAUUCAUAACUGAAGAAUUUUCUCACAAGUUUUAAAUGAAGGUCUGCUGAAAUAUACAUUCAUAUAUAGAGUAUACAGUAUGUUUAAUGUAGCAUAUGAACAGUUCAAGGUACAAAUAUAUAUCCUAUACAAAAGCCAUAACUGACUUUUUCAUUCAUAUAAAAUAAUUGACAGUGGCAUUAAAUAUUUAAUCUGCAUUGAUUUUUCAGUCACCAUAACAAGUGAUUAAUAACAACUGACUGUUGUUGGGUUACACAACCAAAGACUCUGUAAUGAAUUGAUUUAUUUCUCCUUAUACAAGCCAAUUUUCACUGAAAUUUAACUUAAACUGCAAAAUUGUCCUUUGUAUUGUUUUUGUUGCAUAUACUGACUCAACACAUGUUAAAUCUGGUUCAAUUAAAAAAAAAAAAAAAGCAUAUAGCUUUACUUGUAUACUUACCAAGUAUCACUCAAACUGUUUUAAAGCUGCUCUUUGCUAUUCGCAAAGAUAUAUAGUGUGUAUGUAAAUUAUAAAGUAAAUUAAAACAUAUAAAUGUGUGUGAGUUUGUGUAUUGUAGAGGUUGUAUUGUAUGUUAUGCAAGUUAACAAAUCAAACAAAAUUACAGUGUACAGUAACUACUAUGUGAAGUUGAUACUUAUUAGCCUUAAGGAUGUUCAUGGCAUUCCAUUACAUGAAUAUAAUCCACAUAAACUUUUGUCCGAUCCCAUAUCAUAAAAGCCCUUUUCAGAUGAGUCGAUCAUGACAUGUGCUUCAACAUUGUGGUGCGUUCAUCAUUUUAAAGGGUUUGAAUAGUCCCAAACUGUACGCCUGUGCCUCUGUAUUGUGCCUUGUGAUGUUUCUGACUGUAUGACUUUCACAAUA